AGCUUCCUGCGAGCCCCGACGGCUCGGCGCCCGUCCCCCAAAUUCCCUGAGGGGAACCGGGGCCAACGGCUGCCCGGCCGCCCCCGGGGGCUGGGGGAGCCCGGCCCGGUCCCUCAGGGGCUCAUGGAGGGAUACGAGGUAGUGGAGCAGCUGUGGCCUGGGGCGCUGGGCACAAUGCUGGUAGUUGAAUCAAAAGGAAAAAGGAGUGAGAAGAAGAAAUAUGUAAUAAAGCAGGUUGAAUGCACUGAAGAAAUGCAAGCAAACACGGCCUUGAAGGAGGCAAUGGAUUUGCUAAAACUUCGUCAUUCAAACAUCUGUACUUACAAGGAGUUGUUUGUGACUUGGAAUAAUGAGAUAUCAUCUUUGUUCCUUUGUCUGGUAAUGCAGCACUCAGGCCAAGAAGAUCUUUCAUCUCUGAUCAAGACAAAAAGGCAGAAGUCAGAGAAAAUAGCAGACAUGGUGAUGGUGAAGUUCCUGGGACAGAUGGUGGAUGCUUUGUUUUAUAUACACAAACAAAACAUUUUGCAUAGAAAUCUCAAGCCAUCAAACAUUCUUGUGACUGGUGAAGAAUCCUUCAUGCUUUGUGACUUCAGUACAGAAACACUUAUGACUGAUGAAGCGAAAUGGAAAAUAAGAGUGGAAGAAAAUAGCAAGGCUUGGAUGGCUCCGGAAACAUUCAAUUUUUGUUUCAGUGAGAAAUCAGACAUCUGGUCUCUAGGCUGUAUUCUACUUGACAUGAUCACCUGCUUCAUUCUGAAUACGGAAGAGAUCACUUCAUUGCUGCAGGAUCUCAGGCAUAAUACCAGCCGUCUUGAGGGAGUUCUGCCACUGAUGCAAAAUGGAGAUAACAGCUCUUUGUCUUUAUUCCCAAUUCUAUUUAUGAUGCUACAGAUUCAGCCCAGCAUGAGACCCACAGCAAAGGAUCUGACUGAUGUUCCAUUUGUUGGGGAAUGCCUGAUCGUUGCUGAUUCCUUUUUAAUAAAACAGAAAAAGUCUUUGUCUCCCUGUGUAAUAGAUGUGCUCCUUGAGGGAGGAAUCGAAAAUGUUCUAGAAUUCAUGCAGGCUUUCUGGGAUGUAGAAGAAGCACAGGCUAGAGCCAUGCAGCACCUUGCCAGCUUUGUAGGAGAUGAAAGUGCCUUGCCCUAUCUGCCAAAAUUCACAGAAUUGAUCACUUUUGCAAUGAAGGCUCAUAUAGAUUCCCUCAAGUUACAAGUAGAUGGUUGCAGUUUAUUGCUUGAAAUUCUUACUCAAGCUCUAGAACAGGAUGUGGUGAUGACCCUGGAUGAGAAUGUGACCAUUUCUCUAUUAGAGAUAGUGAGAAAACACUCUGAAAAUGAAGAGCUUCUUUCAUUGAUCUGCACGUUACUGAUGAUGAUUUCAGCCAGUGGAAUUGCAGCAGAGAAUCUAAGGAAAGCUGGAUUAAUUUCAGACCUUCUGUCGAUUUUAAAAAAAUUUCUUCAUAAUGAACAGAUCUGCCUCUCUAGCUGUGCAGUUCUCUGGAGCUUGGCUGUGAGUGAGAAUAACGCGGACCAAGUGUUGCUGAAAAGUGCUGUCCCCAUUACCACUGCGGUCAUUCAAGAGCACCUCCAGAAUGGAGCGGUUACGGAACCAGCUUGCUCGGCUCUGUGGGCAUUGUCACUCCAAGGUUGCUUAACUGAAAAUGACUAUGAGCCCACAACAAUGCUUCUGCUGGAUGCACUUAGGAUGAACCUGAAAAGAGCUGUGCUGGUGAAGAAUGCCUGUCUGGCAUUAGCAAGCCUUCUAAGGCUAUCUGAAUUAUCAGCUUUCCGAUUUAUAACGGAUUCAAAAGGCAGUGGAAUAAACGUGAUCAAAGAGGCCUACCACUUUCACUGUGAUGAUCCAGAAGUGGUGGAAAAUAUCUGUAUGCUGAUUAAUGAGAUGGUUCAGUAUGAUGACAUUGUGCUGGACAUGGUGUCCCAGAAAAUGGAAGAACUGCUGUCUGAAAUAAAAAGCCGUUUUCCAUCUAGCACGGAGAUAAUGACCCUUGUGGAUACAGCACUUGUGAAACUGCAAAAAUGUAGAAGCCCUAGUGUGACUAAUGGAGGGGAACGAACAUGUACGGCCCACCACGAGGCUAUGCACUUCUUUCUCUGACUGUGACUUGGAAAGCCAUUAUGAAAAAAUGACGUAGUAUCUUGGAGGUACCUUCAAAAUUUGCUCUGCUUUUUCAGUUCAUUCCUCUGUUGUACCUCCAUUUUUUCAGUGGAUAAGAGAGUAUCUGCUGAGAAUAGGCUCUUGCUAUUUUAUCUAACCUGCCAUAGGUGUAGAAUGCUGCUUUUAAAGUAAGCAGUUGAUACUUGGGAUUUUACUUUUUUUUUUAAACUAAGGAUCUUAAAAUAGUAAUAAUUAAUAUUUAAACAAAAUAUAGUUGACUUAUGCACAAUAAGUUUAUGAAAGUAAGGAAAUAAAUGGUGUGAGGCACAUAACAGUACGCAAGCUUAGAUGGCAAUCUUAGUCUGUGAUGGUGUCCAAGCAGAGCUUGCUAACUUUCAUCGAGAGGACAGAAUGAAGCCGCAGGAUUCUCAGCUGAAUCCUGAUCCUAGAGCUAAUGUGUACUAUCUUACUGAUCUACC